CCAUGGCCAAUUCAUGUCAAUUGAAUGUGUGAGUAAGUGCCAAUCAUUCGCCAGGUCCACACACACACACACACACACACGCCCAGAUAUGUAUACACACGAUACAUACAGGACCUACUCAGGCGUAUGUAUGAGUGGAUGAAUGGAUGUCUCACUUUGCAUCACAUCACAUUUCCAGUCUGUCUUGUCAUGAAUGUGACCAAUGGAUCCUACUCAAUCAAUCACUCAAUCGAAAGCAUAAGUGACCUCCAAAUAAGGUUGCCACGUCCACGAAUGCGUGUGGGGCGCGUCAGGCAUUGCGUACUUGUGUUCAGGGAAGGGUUUGUGUUCGGUCAUGGUGGCCAUCCACUUGUCGAAAGAAUCCUGACCCACAACCUGCACGCACAACACAGAAGAGAGUCUCUCUCACGCGCUCACUCGAUGUCCGCAAGGCAUGAGGACCACACAUUGUGUACAAUGAACACCGUCACCGGCAGCAGCUGGGCCAGCAGCUGUGCUCUGGGAGAAGGGCACAGCUGACGACGACGCACUGGCCGAGUGGCGGAGCUGUAGCUGUCGUUCGAUGGCGGCCUGGUGCAGCUGGGUAAGACGGUGCUGCUUAGAGGAGAGGUCAUCGAGCAGCCGAGACACUGACGGCAGAUCGAGAGACGACACACUAUUAGCACUAAGACGACUGCACACAAGAGGGAAAUGGACACAUGCUCACCGCUGCUGUCGGGGUGUGUGUGUGGUUCCUUGCCUGUGUGGUGGUUGCGUCAAUGACAGCUGUUGUUGAGUAACUCUUGCUCGGCAUCAGCACGCGCAGCCCUGCACGCAAAUGACAUCAGCAGCCUCGACUUGUGUUUGCAAACCCUCCCCCUCCCUCCGCACCUUUCUCCCUCAGCGCCUUCAGCUCCCUCAGGUCAUCCCUCUCGCAUCUCAGGCUGAUGGUGAGUGCUGCAUCACCAGCUGGACGGGGUCGGUGGCUGGGGGAAAAACGGGGAGACGGGAAAAUCGCCAGUCUUGUCCGCUCGAAUUAAGCGAUCUUCCCAUGACAGGCUGGAAAAAGGCAGCAGGUCAGCCUGACAUGGCAACACACACGUAAAGUUUCGCUCCCUGCCGUUUCCUCCCCCGCUCACCUCCAGCAGGUCGGCGAUGCCCUCGAGGAGGAUCAGGAGAAACCACAUCUCGACCGACAGCACCCUCUGCGGAUGCGCCUCAGACCCCAGCGGUCCAGCCGCCUCACGCACGGCCCUCACACACGCGUCGAGCCUCCCAUCCCUGCUGGCCUCCCGCAGCGUGCCAAGAUCAGCCGCUGCAUAAACGUGGUCACACACAAGACACCGCAGCCCGUGGCGUUGGCCAGUGUGUGUGCAAGCCGCUGGAGAUGGCCUCGAUGCUGUUUGGACAAGCGCCAUUUGAUGAAAGCCACUGGUGCGCGGCGCAUCUGCCACCACACGGAGCUUCUCCUGUGGUUCGGCCGAUCCAGUCGUCGAAGGAGUUGCCUCAUCCUGAUCGCCAUCUUGACUCACAUCCGCCUGUUUCUUCUGUGCAUUUCCACAACGACUGGCACGUCGACUGCAUUUUUCAGCCGCGCCCUCCUCAGAUCAUGAAUGCAGAGGCGACGUUUUCUUCUUGCUGCUCUCACACAGACAGGCGGGACAAGCAGCAGAUCCGCCUCGUACUGCGACUGCAAACAGGCACCACAAACAGCACCUUGCGGUCAUGGCAGCCACUGGCAGAUGUACGCUCCCUCACCUGCUGAUGUUAUUCUCGCAAGCAACGCGAGUUUUGAG